UAAAAAAAAAAACAAUCAAAAAAAAAUUGUCACAGCAGCGAGAGACGCAGUGAAACAAACUGUAAACUAACUUGAUUUCCAUGUGGAUCAACUUGGCGUGAAGUCUGGAUGGAGAAAUGUCUUCCCAUCGCCCCUCACUCCCUGGCUCUGGUGCUGUCGCGGCUGUCCAGGGAGGAUGAAGGAGACCCCCCAACACCAUCUUCAUCAUCGCCACCAUCGGCAAAGUUACGGCACCGCGUCGGGUACGAGGUGUUCGCAAACUUCAAGGCCGUCAACAUGCAGCAUUUCUGGAACAAGGCGCUGACGGCCGCCCUGUCCGAGGUCUUCUUCCUGGGCUGGAUCGACGAGCAUGUGCUGCUGAUCCAGGGGGAAGAGGCGCACCUCCAGGUCCUCCGGAACGGCUGGACGCGGCGGACCCUGAAGCCUCCGCGGGGCUUCAGCAUCAAGUGCAUAGGUGAUGUGUCUCCAAUCAGUAUGUCACCUAUCAGCCAGUCACAAUUCAUCCCGCUGGGGGAGAUCUUGUGCUUGGCCAUCUCUGCAAUGAACUCUGCCCACAAGCCUGUCAACCAGGAGGCACUGGUGGAGCACCUCACUGCCAGCUUCCCAGGUGUGCCUACACCCAGCUCAGACGUUUUGCGACAUACCUUGAACAUGUUGGUGCGAGAGAGGAAGAUCUACCCAACACCAGAGGGCUACUUCAUUGUCACUCCCCAGACCUACUUUAUCACUCCCUCCCUCAUCAGAACCAACAACAAGUGGUAUCACCUGGAUGAUCGGUUGACAGAGCGCCAACCAUCACAACAGCAGCAGCAGCAACAACAACAGCAGCAGCAGCAGCAACAGCAACAACAGCAACCACAACAACAACAACAGCAGCAGCAGCAACCUCAACAUUGUACUUCACCUCAGUCUGGUAAUGUGACACCAUCAGCACCUGGCUGCCUGAGAGAGAGGCCUCCUCGCAAGAAACAUGGCGAGUCAUACACCUCCUAUCGUGAAGAUCAGUCCAGACUUCACAGUGCGGCGCUCCAAAGUAAGUCACCAAAGGAGCACAGGGGCGAUUCCCAUCAAAGUCAGCCUCCCAAGGAUCACAAUGGUGGAGAUCCUCCACCGACCGCGUCCACCAAGGAGCACCGAGGUGAGCCACCAUCAUACCCCUACCCUCCCGUUGCUACGUCCCCUCCUGUCCAGCAGUCGCCUCCUCAAGAUUCAGCUGAUAAGAGCAAAAGCAUCACUUCUUUUCCUUAUAAAACUGACACUCUGACCAAAAAGAAAGAAGGAAGUGGUGGCAGUGGAACUGGGGAGAAGCAAUCCAAGAGGUUUGGACUCAGGCUUUUCAGGCUGAGUUUCAAGAAGGACAAAAUGAGGCAGCUGGCCACCUUCUCAGCCCAGUUCCCUCCAGAGGAGUGGCCUCUUCGUGAUGAGGAUGUGCCCACCACACCCAUUCCCAGAGAGGUGGAGAUGGAAAUAAUUCGCAGAAUCAACCCUGACCUAACCGUGGAGAAUGUCGCGAGGCACACAGCUGUCAUGAAGCGGCUUGAGGAAGAACGGACUCAGAAGAACAAGGCUGGAUCUUCAGCCCAGCACAGUGCACGCAGCAGGAGGGGCAGGGGCCACCGAAGGGCCCCGCACGGUAAGUCCCGGUCUCACAGCAAACCCAGGACCUCCAGAGGAGACCCGUCCGAGGGCUCAAAUUGGGACCUUGUGUUCAUGGAAAGAGAUUACCGCUUCUUUAGCCACUCGUUAGUUCGCUCGCCUCGGGAGGCAAUGUACACGUUGGAGCGCAGGCGAAGUGGAGGCGCAACAUAUCUGGUCCACAGUAACCCCAACAUUACUGAAUCGUACUGCCCUGUUACCCCUGAAUGGGAUGUGUCUGGGGAACUAGCCAAGAGACGGACAGAAAUGCCCUUCCCUGAACCCUCGCGUGGAACAUGCCAGUCAAGGGUACAAAGAAGUCACAGUCACAAUCAGGACAGGAAGUCACGUCAUGAGAGGUCAGAUCAAGCUAAAGAGCGAUCUCGGUCCAUGGACAACUCUCUAAAGGGUCCGUCAUUGGGCGCACCAGAAGACUUUGAGCCCAGUUUGGAGGAGCGUAGUCAUUACUACACUGAUGAUGGCACCCUGCGAGCCACACAGAAAUCCUCCCACUACUCAAGGAUCAUGUUCUCUGCUGCUAAGUUCCACUCUGAUUUUAAUGUGCCUGAUUUGGGGAAAGGAAGUUUGGACGAGUCAAGGAUUCGGAGUACAAUGGAGAGGAACAAAAGCAGAGACAGCUUGCCAACGUACAAUGAGCUAAUGGGACUUUCUCCUAAGCCCUCAACAGAUGAGUACUUCCAGUGCAAUACGUCAAAUGAAACAAUCCUAACUGCCCCUUCGCCUCAGGCAAAAUCAGAAUAUGACACAUUAACCUCAUCAGGGGGACUCCGAAAGGGCUCUCCGGCUGACCGCCAAACGCCUCACCUCACCUCUCCUCACACGAUGGAGUACAAAGAGGACUUGUCGGCAGCAAAGGGACAGAAUGGCUCGGCGCGACUGACACCAAGCCAGACGCCAGAGCCGGCGCAAAAUGCUCGUUUGACGCCACACCAACACAAUGUAGAUCCUGGAGGGGGAGGAGGUGGUAUCGUGAUAAAGAGGAAAGAGAUCUUCAGCAAGGACACUUUGUUCAAACCUCCACACAAUGCCUUGUCCACUGGCUACGUGGACAGCAGCUACACCAAGUCCGGCACAUUGCGGAAAGCCUCACAUGCCAAAUCAACAGAGGCCCUAGACAAUCCUGAGCCCCAGCAGCCUUCCAAUUCAGCCACUUCCUCAGCGUCACCUGCAGUUUUACAGGGCUGCUUAGAGCCAACAGUCCCCUCUGCCUCCUUUGACUAUUAUAAUGUAUCAGAUGAUGAGGAAGAGGAAGAGGCAGAGGAGGACUCGCACAAAGAGUUGGCAACAGCAGAGGACAACAAAGACCAUGGGGAAGGGGGUGGUAACGGUGGAGGCAGUGGUGGUGGUGGUGGUGAAGGAACCAUGCAGUGGCUCCUAGAACGGGAGAAGGACCACGAUCUGCAGCGGAAACUGGAGACCAAUCUGACCUUACUCAGCCCCAAGGAGACGGAGAACAGCAGCAGCCAGAAGUCGGCCCACUCUGCCCGUUUGGACAGCAUGGACAGCAGCAGUGUCACAGUGGACAGCGGAUUCAACUCCCCCAGGACACGUGAAAGCCUUGCAUCCAACACAUCCAGCAUAGUGGAAAGCAAUAGACGGCAAAACCCGGCGCUGAGCCCCGGCCACAUUGGCACCAGUAGUAUGGGACUGCCAUUCAGCUUUCGUGCCAUCCCCGAGCCCCCCACCACGCAGCCUGAGAAACUCCAGAAGUCAUCGAACUGCCUGGCCUCCAUCACCAGCGUCUGACAGGCAGCACAGACUGAGACCUUGAAGGUGGUGGAGGAGCGAGGAAGUGAGGUGGUUCACCGUUCUCACCCUCACUUUCCUCAACCAACACACGAACAAACACACAGACACAGACACAGACACACACACACUCACACACACACACACAUGCACGCACGCACACAGACACACCUUCAGACUCCUGAGAAUCCAUAUACUGGGACUGUUAUAAAAACAGGCAUGGCUUCAAGAGACUGUUCCCACAGCUACAAGAUCUUAACUGCAAAAAAGAGAAGAAACACUACAGAAUAUCACGACCACAGUAGGUGACGAAACCUACCUGAAGUACUUUGAUUUUGGUGACAUGGACUCUAGUUUGGCUUAUAUCAAGAUCCUUGAUUAUUGGUAUUGGAAAGUAGUAGACUAUAGGAUUCAAGUUACAUUUGGAAAUAUCAAAAAAAAAAAAACUUUUUAUAUUGCUUAACAAUACAUGUCCAAUUAAAUGUUCUCCUUCCUGAAGUAGUGUCAAGUUCUUCAGGACGAUUUAAUGUAUCAGCACAAUGUCAAGAUAAUAAAAGUUGAUCCUGAGAACAACGAAUGAAAGAUAUAAAAACAUAAAUCAACUCAGAUUUGUGUACCGCAAUGCAAAUGAUGUAUGUAUACUCGAUACUUUUGAUAUCCUAAUUAUUAUAAUGGUGGUAUUAAAGAUGCUAUGUGACCAAAAAUAA